AUGGGGGACAUGUCCAACAGCGAUUUUUAUGCCAAGAACCAAAGAAACGAGGACAACCAUGCAGCAGGCUUCGGCUGCUCGCUCAUGGAGCUGCGCUCGCUCAUGGAGCUGCGUGGCACAGAGGCGGUGGUCAAGCUCCAGGAGGACUACGGGGGCGUAGAGGGACUGUGCAAACGACUGAAAACCUCACCCACAGAAGGUCUCGCAGGUGCCCUACCUGACCUGGACAAGAGAAAAGAACUAUAUGGUAAAAACCUGAUACCUCCAAAGAAGCCAAAAACCUUCCUGCAGCUGGUAUGGGAGGCCCUGCAGGACGUCACCCUCAUCAUCCUGGAGAUCGCUGCCCUGAUCUCCCUGGGCCUCUCCUUCUACCACCCUCCCGGAGAGAGCGGCGGAGAGACGUGCGGCAUGGCAGCCGGUGGGGUCGAGGAUGAGGGCGAGGCGGAUGCUGGCUGGAUCGAGGGCGCAGCUAUCCUGUUGUCUGUUGUGUGCGUGGUGCUGGUGACGGCCUUCAACGACUGGUCGAAGGAGAAGCAGUUCCGUGGGCUGCAGAGCCGCAUCGAGCAGGAGCAGAAAUUCCAGGUUGUCCGUGGUAGCCAGGUCAUACAGCUGCCCGUGGCUGACAUAGUGGUGGGGGAUAUCGCACAGGUCAAAUACGGUGAUCUUCUUCCUGCUGAUGGAGUGCUGAUCCAGGGCAAUGACAUGAAGAUUGAUGAGUCAUCACUGACUGGAGAGUCCGACCAUGUCAGGAAGUCUGCAGACAAGGACCCCAUGCUGUUGUCUGGCACCCAUGUGAUGGAGGGGUCAGGCCGCAUGGUGGUUACUGCGGUCGGUGUCAACUCCCAGACUGGAAUCAUCUUCACCCUGCUGGGGGCCGGCACAGAGGAAGAAGAGAAGAAAGAAAAGAAAGGAGGGGCAGUGGAAGACGGACACCAGAACACAGACUGCUCCCAUCCCCCUAUCCACCCCAUCGCAACUAUAGCCACGGAUGGGGCUGCAGGCAUUAAUGCCCCUGGCAGUGCCAGCCUAAUUAAUGGUAAAAUGCAAGAUGGCAAUAUGGAGAGCAACCAGAUUAAAGUAAAGAAGCAGGAUGGAGCAGCUGCCAUGGAGAUGCAGCCUCUAAAGAGUGCUGAGGGUGGAGAGGCUGAUGAGAAAGAGAGGAAGAAGGUGUCCAUUCCGAAGAAAGAGAAGUCUGUGCUGCAAGGGAAGCUGACCAAACUGGCUGUCCAGAUUGGCAAAGCAGGUUUGCUCAUGUCAGCCAUCACAGUCAUCAUCCUGGUCCUGUACUUUGCCAUUGACAACUUUGUGAUGCAGAAGCGCCCCUGGUUGCCGGAGUGCACUCCCAUCUACAUCCAGUACUUUGUCAAGUUCUUCAUCAUCGGUGUGACUGUGUUGGUAGUGGCCGUGCCGGAGGGGCUGCCGCUGGCCGUCACUAUCUCCCUGGCCUACUCUGUUAAGAAAAUGAUGAAAGACAACAACCUGGUGCGUCACCUGGACGCAUGUGAAACAAUGGGUAAUGCUACUGCGAUCUGCUCUGACAAGACAGGCACGCUAACCACCAACCGCAUGACAGCUGUGCAAUGUUACGUCGGAGAUAUGCACUACAAAGAAAUCCCAGACCCUGGAGCUCUGCCACCCAAAUCACUGGAGUUACUGGUCAAUGCCAUCUCCAUCAACAGCGCCUAUACCACCAAGAUACUGCCCCCAGAUAAGGAAGGCGGUCUGCCGAAGCAGGUGGGAAACAAGACAGAGUGUGGCCUGCUGGGAUUGGUCUUGGACCUGAAGCGGGAUUACCAGCCAAUAAGAAACCAGAUCCCAGAGGAGAAGCUUUACAAAGUCUACACCUUCAACUCUGUCAGGAAGUCCAUGAGCACUGUCAUCAAAUUGUCUGACGGGAGCUUCCGCAUGUACAGCAAGGGAGCCUCGGAGAUCGUCCUCAAAAAAUGCAGCCAUGUCCUGAACGAGGUGGGCGAGCCCAGGGUUUUCCGUCCACGGGACAAGGACGAGAUGGUGAAGAAGGUGAUCGAGCCCAUGGCGUGUGAUGGCCUGAGGACCAUCUGUGUGGGGUACCGUGACUUCAGCGGUGAUCCUGAGCCCAACUGGGAUGAUGAGAACAGCAUCCUCAAUGACCUCACAGCCAUCUGUGUUGUUGGGAUCGAGGACCCUGUCAGGCCAGAGGUGCCCGAUGCUAUCCAGAAGUGCCAGCGUGCCGGCAUCACAGUACGCAUGGUGACAGGAGACAACAUAAACACAGCCAGGGCCAUAGCCAUCAAGUGUGGCAUCAUCCACCCCGGAGAGGACUUCCUUUGCAUCGAUGGCAAAGAGUUUAACCGGAGGAUCCGCAAUGAGAAAGGAGAGGUGGAGCAGGAGCGUAUUGACAAGGUUUGGCCUAAACUCAGAGUUCUGGCCAGAUCUUCCCCAACCGACAAACACACACUCGUCAAAGGCAUUAUCGACAGUACAAUGGUAGACCAGAGGCAGGUGGUGGCCGUGACAGGAGAUGGGACCAACGAUGGACCUGCACUGAAGAAAGCUGAUGUCGGCUUCGCCAUGGGUAUUGCUGGUACAGAUGUGGCCAAGGAGGCAUCAGAUAUCAUUCUGACUGAUGAUAACUUCAGCAGCAUCGUCAAGGCAGUAAUGUGGGGCCGUAACGUCUAUGACAGCAUCUCCAAGUUCCUUCAGUUCCAGCUUACUGUCAACGUCGUGGCCGUCAUAGUGGCUUUCACUGGCGCCUGCAUCACACAGGACUCUCCCCUGAAGGCGGUGCAGAUGUUGUGGGUGAACCUGAUCAUGGAUACUUUUGCAUCUCUGGCGCUGGCGACAGAGCCUCCCACAGAGUCUCUGCUGAGGAGGAAGCCAUACGGUCGCAACAAGCCUCUCAUCUCCAGCACCAUGACAAAGAACAUCCUCGGACACGGAGUCUAUCAGCUCAUCAUCAUCUUCACGCUGCUCUUUGUUGGUGAGCAGAUCUUUGACAUCGACAGCGGCCGUGAUGCUCCUCUCCACUCUCCUCCAUCUGAGCACUACACCAUCAUCUUCAACACCUUCGUCAUGAUGCAGCUCUUUAACGAGAUAAACGCCCGCAAAAUCCAUGGAGAGAGGAACGUUUUCGAUGGCAUCUUCAGGAACCCCAUCUUCUGCUCUAUUGUUUUUGGCACCUUUGCUGUGCAGAUUGUGAUCGUGCAGUUUGGAGGGAAGCCGUUCAGCUGUCAACCUCUGGACCUGGAAAAGUGGAUGUGGUGCGUUUUCCUCGGGCUGGGAGAGCUUGUCUGGGGACAGGUGAUCGCCUCCGUACCCAAUAGCAGGUUGCGCUUCCUGCGGAGGGCAGGCCAGUUAACGCAGAAGGACGAGUUACCAGAGGAGGACGUGAAUGAAGAAAAUGAGGAGAUCGACCACGCAGAGAGGGAGCUGAGGAGGGGACAGAUCCUCUGGUUCAGAGGACUCAACCGCAUUCAGACUCAGAUCCGCGUUGUGAAUGCAUUCCGUAGCUCCCUCUAUGAAGGCCUGGAAAAACCAGACUCCAGAUCAUCCAUCCACAACUUCAUGACACACCCCGAGUUUAGGAUAGAAGACUCCACGCCCAACAUCCCCCUCAUUGACGACACAGAUGAUGAUUCUGCUCGGAGGAGGGGGAAGUACUCCAGCCAGCCCUCGUCCCCCAACAAGAAUAACAACGCCAUCGACAGUGGCAUCAAUCUCACCAUCGACACCAGUAAAUCAGCCGCUUCCUCCAGCCCCGCCAGCCCUCUUCACAGCUUGGAGACCAGCCUCUAA